ACACUGUGAAUUUAUGUUAAUAUUAACUAUGAAUAAUGAUACAGUACCAAGUGAGUUUAGUACAUCUAUCGUGGACGUUUCUACCCACACAAUGGCAGAAACAUUAACCACGGUUACAGGAGGGAAAGCUGAAUCUCUCGUAAGUAAUGCUGUUCCGGCCUAUCUGGUGUUUGUCUUCGGAGUUGGUGGAAAUAUUAUUGCCCUGGUGGUAUUACUAGUGACUGCCAAAACUCAUAACUGGCGGCCAUUUUAUAGGUACGUCUGUGGACUUGCGAUCACGGAUGGAGGUGGACUACUUAUAUCGGUUCCCGUAUCCCUCUCUAUGUACGCCUCAGAAUUACAGAGAGAAUUGUCUCCAACUCUAUGUAACUUUCAGAUGUUUUGGUAUAUGUUUACUCUGAUGUCGUCCGCCAUGAUCGUUUGUGGCAUGUCUUUUGACAGAUUCUUCGCCACAUAUUAUCCUUUUUACUACAACAAACCCCACAAAAAAAUCCGAACUAAUGUAGUUUUAUUAGUCAUCUGGGUACUUUCGGCGCUCAUCAGCAGUUUACCUUUUUUCGGACUUGGUUCCAGUCGUAAGUUUUAUCCUGGCACAUGGUGUUUUUUGAAUUUUAUUGAAACAUCCAUAGAGAGCAAUAUAAUUAACUCAAUCAUCUAUGCUUCUAUCGGCAUCAUCAUUGUCUUUGCUACAUGGACCUUCAAUAUCGCAGUUAUCAUCUACUUUGUUUACAAGAGAUACAAGAAAGAGUCCACUUGGAGCGGAUGGAAAGAUGCGCAUGUCAUAAUUUUUCUCUUGUCAGUGGUGAUUCUGUUUACUUCCUGUUGGUUCCCAUUAAUGGUAAAUAUUCUGGGACAUGCCUCAUUCGCACUUCCGGAAACAGCUGGUAAAACUGAGCUUUUAUUGACAAGACUGAGCAUCACAAACUCCAUAGUUGACCCCUGGUUGUACCUUGUGUUCCGGGGAGAGAUCUACUCUGCUGUGCUGGUCUGUGUUAGACGCAUAUACAGCAAGAGGAAAGCCAACAUCUCAGAGAGUACUCCACACACUCUCGAAGCUCUGUCUUUAGAGACAAAGAACAAACCAGAUACGGCGUCCAUAAGUUCGAAUGAGGGCUGCAAUGUUUAAAUUGGAAAGAUUUGUGACAGAAAAUAUGAUUUUAAUCAAACAAUUGUAUAAUCUUCUAAUUCAUGAAUAAUGAAUAUGAAUGCAAAUUUAAAUGUUUCCCAUUCUCGUCACAUGAACCAGAAGAACACGGGUUUCGAAAGAUUGAUUUUGGCUUUUUAUAAUUCCCUUUUUUCCAUUUACAUUGAAAACGAUUACUGUAUAU